AUGAUUCGACGUCUCUGGGCCGCCGUCCACCGUCAACUUCAGGUGGCCUCCAGUCUCGGCCAUCGUCGGACCGCUGCCGCCGCCUCUCGUCCACACCUUCUGGGUUUUGUGAAACCCUCUUCUGUCUCCUCCGUCGGCGCCGUUGAUCCCUCAUCCCUGACCGCCUCCUUGCUCACGAGAUCGUGCGAGAUCUCCGACAAUGCCGCCCUUUCCAUCUCCAAGAAAGUCAAGCUCGACGGCCUUGACCAAGCGGUAUCGGUGCUCGCCCUCCUCAAGGACUACGGCUUCGACGACGCCCAUCUAGUCCGCCUCGUCGACCGCCUUCCUCAUGUCCUCUCGAUGGACGUCGAGAAGACCUUGAAGCCCAAGCUGGAGUUCUAUUGCGGGAUCAGCCUCGUCGGAACCGCCCUCCAGGAGAUCCUGUCAGCGAGCCCCUCGCUUCUCCUCACGUGCAGUGUAGAGAACCGAUUGCUCCCCAACGCCGAACUCCUCAAAUCGAUUUUGAAAACGAAUGCGAACCUCGUGGGUGCCCUAAAGCAUACGCCUUGGUUGAUCACCUUCGACACCAGAACUGUCGUUCUUCCCAAGGUCGAUGCUCUGCGUGCAUACGGCGUGCCCGAUGAGGUAAUCUCGGUGCUUUUUACCCGCUACGGCUACGCUUUGCUGACAGAUGCAGCUCGAUUCAAUGAUGUCUUUGACGAGAUAAAGAAGAUGGGUAUCUGUCAGAAGAAACCCAUUUUCGCCCAUGCCCUCGGGGCGCUUACUGGAUUGUCCAAGAAGACGAGGGAGGAGAAAGUGGAGAACUUGAGGGAAUUGGGGUGGUCGCAAAAUCAUAUCUUGGAGGCCUUCGCAAAGCAUCCUCACAUUGUACUGGCAUCGAUUGAGAAGAUAAGGAAGACUGCGAAGUUUGUGGAAGAGAAGCUGGGAUGGACACCGGAGAACACAGUGAAGAAUCCGAGUCUUCUUUCGAUGAGCCUGGAGAAGAGGAUGAUGCCCAGGUAUGCCGUCCUGAGCAUUCUCAUGCACAAGGGAUUAAUCAAGCCUGGCUUCACAGGGUAUCAUUUUCUGAUGUCGAGCAAGAAGUUCAUGAUGCAAUUUGUGACCAACUAUCAGGAGAAAGCUCCAGAGAUAGUUGAAGCUUAUCAAAAACUGAAAUCAGAUAUAUGA